UUUCUUGUAAACUUUAUUAUUUUUACUAAUAAUAAAUGUAUUUAUUGUUGAGUUCUUCUCCUGAUUCUUGAAUUUUCCGCCCCAUAUGAAAAUAUAUAUUAGUGGUUAAUUAGCAUUACAUGAUAAUAAUAAUAGUAGUAGUGAAAUGUAAUUACAUUAGAUGAAUAUGGCUAGUUCUUUGCUAUCCCUAUCCCUAUCCGCUCCUUCAUCUUCAUCUGGGCCGGUUCAUGAUAUGGUUUCUGAUGACAGCUUUGAGUAUUCAUGUAGCAUCUGUCUUGAGCCCUUCACCUCUCUUGAUCCUCCCUCUGUCACGAAAUGUAAUCAUGAGUAUCAUUUGCACUGUAUUCUUGAAUGGUCCCAGAGAAGCAUUGAAUGUCCAAUAUGUUUACAGCACCUUGUCCUCAAAGAUCCUGUCAGCCAAGAGCUGUUAGCUGGAGUGGGGAGCGACAAGAUUUUCAGGCCAAGGCAAAAUCUUAACCCUGUAAACCCCGACAACAAUGAUGUCAAUAAUGAUGCACCUGCCGUGGAAGAGUCUGAUUUCGAGCAACGAAUUAUGCGACAUUUUGCUACUAUAGCUAGCAGAGCUCGUAGCAUCAGCAGUAGACAGAGAAGGCAGACGACUCCACCAGUUGGCCCUUCACAAAUACACCCUUCUGUUCCCAUAAUGAACGUGACUGAAGUCAAUAGUUCAUCAUCUGAGCAUCAGAACUUUUCUGAGUCCCUGAAGUCCAAGAUUUCCACUGCUUCAAUCAGGUAUAAAGAAUCAAUCUCAAAGAGUACCCGAGGUUUGAAGGAAAAACUGAUUGCCCGCAACGACUCUGUCAAGGAACUGAGUAGAGGAAUGCAGCGUGAAAUGAGCGCAGGAAUUGCUGGAAUUUCCAGGAUGAUUGAUCGCCUGGAUAUUAUUACUCAAAAGCGAGCUGGAGUUUCUAUUCCUGUAUCCAGCUGCACACUGGAAACGUCAAACAAUGAGGUAAAGGGAACUGAAGAUGAGAUUAUAGUUCAUUUGACUAAACAAAAUACAGGAGAAACUUCAAAAGUUCUUUGUUCAGAUUCCACCCAACUAAUCACAGACAGCAACUCAGGAGGAGAAGAAUUGAUGAUGGUGAAAUGAAGAUUCUGAUUCUAGAAAUCCAGCCAAAUGCUCAACUUCUCAAGCGACGAGUACUGAGGAAUCAAUCUAGUACCAUUAGAUGGAUGAUUGAUUUGCGUCCUGCGAGGGAGCUUUGUUGGCUGCAAUAACCCUGUACUGCUAAGUUUCUCUAUUGCACUAAGUACAGAUUGCUCUAUGAUUUCCUCUUAUUACCUGAAAUUGCGUUUCGGUUUCUCACUUUGCUUGCGUUAAAGAGAGAUAUUGUAAAGCCUUUCAGAAGAGAAUAAAGGGAUAUUUUAUUGA